UUUCAUUCUGCCGCAGCCUGGAGGAGGAGAAGGAGGAGGAGGAGGAAGAAGCCUGACGCGGGACGUUUGUGGAGCGGAGCACCGCGGAUUUCCUCCAGCUGGCAACCAGGGGCACAAUGAUGGGAAUAACUGUGGAAUGAUAAGGACCGUUAGCUCAGGAUGGGCAGGCGCAGAGAUCAGCUUUAACUUCAGCCGGUGGCGGUUCAGCUUGGAAAUGGAUGAGUUCCAUCCAUUCAUUGAGGCUCUGCUGCCCCAGGUUCGUGCCUUCGCUUAUACAUGGUUUAACCUCCAGGCCAGAAAGAGGAAGUACUUCAAAAAACAUGAGAAGAGGAUGACUAAAGAAGAAGAGAGAGCUGUUAAAGAUGAAUUACUGGGAGAAAAAGCAGAGGUGAAACAAAAAUGGGCUAGUCGACUUUUGGCGAAACUAAGAAAAGACAUCAGACCUGAAUGCAGAGAGGACUUUGUCUUGUCAAUCACUGGAAAGAAGGCUGCGUGUUGUGUCUUGUCAAAUCCUGACCAGAAAGGCAAAAUGAGACGAAUAGACUGUCUCAGACAAGCUGACAAGGUGUGGAGGUUAGACUUGGUGAUGGUUAUCCUCUUUAAGGGAAUUCCUCUAGAAAGCACAGAUGGAGAGCGUCUGGUUAAGGGAGGCCAGUGCUCCAAUCCUGUUCUCUGUGUCCAGCCACGACACAUCUCUGUUUCUGUGAAAGAGCUAGACCUCUACCUCGCCUUCUAUGUGCAGGAGAAAGAGGCAGAGCAGAGUAACAGUCCCAGUCGUACUGGAGUUGGCUCUGAUCAGGAGGACAGUCGACCAGCAACUAUAGAUGGCCCAGAGUUCCAGGAAAGUUUUGUGACUUCAGGAGUUUUCAGUGUUCCUGAGUUGGUCCAGGUCUCAAGAACUCCAGUAGUUACAGGAGUGGGACCUGGUUUCUCUAUUGGGGAGCUUCAAGGUCAUCUGUCCUAUGACCUUAACCAGUCCAUCAACCAACCGGUCAGCCUGCGACGGUCGUUGGCCAGCACGUCCUCCAGCGGGAGUAAACGCCUUAAGUCCGGCUCCAUUGAAGAGGAUGCUGACAGUCCUGGAGGGGAGUAUUACCAUUCACCUGCAUCUCCUGCAAGCAGCUCCAGGAACUGGACUGAUGACUUGGAAGGAGGUUUGUCUCCCCCAGUGAAGAAGGCAGAGCUGGACAGCCCUUCUCCACAGGAGGGCUCACCAAGGAUGGGAUCCUUCACUCAGCACCACCGGCCAGUCAUAGCAGUGCACAGUGGUCUCUCUCGAUGUCCUCAUCCCUCCUCAUCACUUCACUUUCCGUCUUCUUCCUACUUUGCCCAUGGAGCAAUCCGAUACCCCCCCCAUCUGGCCCAGGACCCAUUGAAGGAUCUAGUCUCAUUGGCCUGUGACCCUGCAAAUCAGUCCCCCAGUUCUCUGAAUGGCAGCACUCAGGUUAAAGUGCCCAGCCAUUACAUCUCCUCCCAGAUGUUAGCGCCCCCUGGACCAGCAUCCUCCCUCCCCAGACCAGCAGUUCCCACAGAGUCCAAAGCUUCUACCUCCUCCUCUGAUGGGGGGGCAAAUUCCCCUACGUCACCCACAUACUCUGCUCCUGGGACCCCACCUGCCAGCCGGUCUUCCUUCGUUGGAGUCAACCCUCGAGACCCCGGAGGGCUAUACCAAGCCCAGUCUUGGUAUCUGGGCAACUAGGCGAACUUUGGCAGAAAGCUGAUGAAGCUGACAGCACGCUCCUGGAGGAAAUAAUCCCAUCAAGACACUAUCAGAGCAGAAAAUAUGUCCAGUUUUCUAGAAAUGCGACACCCUGGUUUCAUGCAUACAUAAAUAUAUAUGACCAUGUAUUUAUGUAUGCUUUUCACAGGAGAGGACCACCUAGAUGGAAGGUGGAUGCUGCUCAGCCUGAUUGAACUCUGCUGUAAUACUACAUAACUGUCAUAACUGACAGCUUCUGGGAUUUCACAUGAAGACUGUGGGUUGGUAAAGCAGUCAGAUUGGUUUUUAAAGAACUACGCAUCAACUCUGCAGGUUCUAGGAAGCUUGUAAGCCCACUGCAUCCCAAGGAUGGACCCUGUUGUCCCAGGAUACAUGUAAGCCUUUAUUCCAGGCUGUCCGCUUUAAGUCCUUCUGGAGGCCUGUAUACAUCCCAGCUCCAAUGACCGGAACCCCUGCCUUCAUCAAUGCAGGUGCUGCUUUUAAUAUAUGCAAACAAGCCUCCAUUCAUUUCCAGACUGACUAGAAUGUUUCUAUAUAUGUUUGUUUGCACUUUUUAGUCUUUAUUGAGAUGAGCUGAGUUUCUUUUUCAUUCCCAUCCUUCCUGAGACAGAAGCUUUCUUUUUUUUGACAAUCAUCAAGCUGAAGCUUUUAGGUUGCAUUGCAAAAUGUUUAAUAUGCUUUUAAGAUGAAAACAAGGAGUGAAAUAAGAUUUCUCUUCUUGCCUUGUUCAACACAACACAAGCACUUUAAGAGAUUGAGAGGAAAAGCUAGUAAACUUCUGUGGAUGUUUGGGAUAACAUGCUGGAGAUGUCUGUUCCUAUGGAGACACAAGUUUCUGCCUGUGAGUCAGGACACGUUGACAUACAGUCAUGUUUCUGGGUAAUGAAGGUGAUCAGUGUAGAAAGCAAUGCAGCAACCUGCGAAUGCUUACCAGUUUGUGUUUGUGUAUUCUCUUUCCUGCUCUGUUCUGAGGAGCUGUUAUGUUCAUGUGUCUGUUUUGGAGCAGAAAGCCAACAGUGCACUAUGGUCAUGUUGACCUCCCUUUUUUUGAGAAAGACUUGGUAUUGUGGAGUGUUGCUAAGCCUAACUGUGCUCUAAAGUGUUUGUGGUGUGCAGGAGCUCUACAUACUGAGCUGAAGAGAGGAGGACAGUGUCUCUUUGACUUCUAGAAAGAGUAUUGCCUCUGUUAGGUUCUGUAAUGGCCAACCUCAACCCUAUGUGCACUGUAUGUGCACUGUGUGUUACCUCAGGUUGAGUUUUCAGACCAGAGCUGACAUCAGCAAUGGCGUAAGGAGGUAAGCCAGGACCAGGAUUUAAAGGUAGAUGUUGUUUUUCAUGAAGCUAGAAGUUUGGGGUCAGCUGUAAAAUACUGUUUUAGUCAAUUAUUAUUAUUAUUAUUAUUACUAAAUCGUGCUGCAUAGAACAUAUUAAACAUGAUCAGUGUUGAAUUUCAUCAGAGUAAUCCCCUGCUGUCUUUAUGAGACUCAAAUCCACAUUCUUAUAAUGAAACCGAAUCACAGCAGUAUUCUCAUUAUCUCUAGUCCUACACUCCUUUAGUACAUAACUCUUCAUCACUCUUUCAUUUGUUGCUAUGGAGAUCAAAACACUAAACAUAAGUUAACAAAGAAAUACUUGUCCAGGACAGAUAGUACAGACCCAUUCAAUGAAUUAGAAUAUUAUCGAAAAGUCAAUUUAUCUCACAAACUUUAUCUGUAAGUGAAACACAUGGUAUAGAUUAAUAACACACAGGCGGAUAUUUGAAAGCCCUUAUUUCCAUUAAUAAUGAUAAUUAUCCACUUACAUUUAAUGAAAAUAUGACAAUUAAAAUAAAUAAAAUAAAAUAACCAUUUUAAUACAGAAUUGUUGCCUUAUAGUUAAAAGUAUGUUUAAUACUUUAACUUUAAUGCUUAAAGGUUAUUUUCAAAAGUUGCUUUUGAUCUGACAAAUGAGCCUCAUCAGAACACAUAUUAUAAGUUAUUUAAUACAUUUGAGCAAACAAAAACUAGUAUAAUUAAGAGUUUACCAAAAUGUGUCCUUCGGAUGGUGAUGGGUUCUAGAAGAACUAAAAAGCACACUAAAUGUUCCUGUUCGUAAAAGCCUAAUGAAACUUUAAGGCCUGGUACUCAAUGUUUUGCUCAUCAUUUGUGUGAGCUAGAAUGUUCUGCAGUUUGUUGUCUAAGUCUAGACAUGGUGUAAUCUGUCUUGUCCUGGGCAGAAGUCAGACAUCUGGUGGAAACCAGUAAUACACAAGACUGGGCCCCAUAGCAGCAUGGGAUCAUAAAGGGUCUGAAUAUCUGGCAAAGCACAGAGACUGUGACCCUCAGUCUACAGUUCACUUUGCUGUUCUAUACUCCAUAAUGCAGCAGUUUUAUUUCCCACCUUGAACAUCUACAAACUAAAUUUUAUGUUAUAACAGUGCACUUUAUCUGAUUAGAGCUGUUGUUUAUCAGCUCAUUUCAUCCCAUCACUUUCAGUAUUAGCUGCUUAGUAGUGUUUUUUGUCCAAACCUUGCAUGUUUUAAUGAUAAAAGUUAUUUUGUACCUGCUUUGACAUAAUUUCAAAUAAUCUUCUUUAUCAGAAUUGUCAAACUCCACUCCUCAAGUGGUUUGUGUUCUGGAUGUUUAAUGAUCACGAGGGAUGACUGGUAGGCCUCUGCAGAGCUGAUCUGCAGCUGCAGAGCUGACUCAGCCAUGAAUCUCUACCUCAGAUUCAUGACUGAAUCUGAGGUAGAGAUUCAGCCGUGCAUUCAUCUGUGUUACAGCAGGCUCACAUCUAACACAACACUUCUCCUAGCAAAGAGCUGGACACCUUUGUUCUAUAAUACACUCCUAGUCUGUGUCCAAAGUGUGUACUGUCAGCCAUUUGCAGCCAUCAGAAUGAAUUUGCAACCUCCACUGAAGGAUGGUACCAAUCAUUUGCUGUAUAUUUAAUACAGAACAGACAACCAAGGCCUUUCAGAGCACAUUCAGUGUAGUUAAUGUCUUAAAAUGGAAAAAUACAAAGCAUUCAUCCUUUAUAAACUAUGUUUUGGUGCUUUAAUUUAAAUAUCCAAGGGAAUAAAACCACAAACAUCCAGUAACUUUUUGUCAAAGGCAGAGUAUGGUGCAGCCGUUAAUCUUAAAUACAGCAAGGUUUGUCAAAGAAAGAGUGACCCAUAUUCGGUUAUGAGAUUCAGAAUUAAAUUUUGUUCAAGAAAAGAUUUUGCCCAGAAAAUCUAGAAUGUAUUAUUUCUGUUUUGAUAAGGAAAAUAUAAAAAAAACCCUGUUAUUGCAUAGUCAAUGAUUUACAGAUCUUCUAGAAAAGUAUGACUAGUUUUUUUCAUUUUAUUGAAAUAUUCUGUUUAUUCUAUUGUUGUGCAAGUAAAAGAAUUAAGAAAUGAUUACUGUUUUAGAUCUAAUCUAAUUUUUGGGCCUUCAAGUGCUUUAAACCUGAUGAUGGCUUUCAUGGCAAAAGUUAGGACACUUCUAGUCCAUCUCACUAUGGAAAUGUGUCUCUCUCAUGGUAAUAUCUGGCUGGUUUGAUCAGGGUUCAGAUUCUGUCAUAUUUCAGAAGUGUGGCCCAGUUGGGGCCCAAAACCACAAUCAACAAACAGGCCAUACAAAAAUAUUAUACAGUAAAUGAUAUGCCAAAUUUAAUAUUUCUGUGAACUUUUUUUCUUCGGAUUUUCAAAAUACUGACUUACCAGGAGAAAUCCAGACGUGUUGCGAGGUUUACAGGCAGAAAAUUGAAGCAAGUCGGGAUGAAAAUCAUAACAGCUGGUUAAAAUAUGGAUGUGAUUUAGUGAAGGAGUGACCUGAUCUGACUUUACAUCUUCUAUAUUUACUUAUUAAAUAUUGCUUGUACUUUAUUCAUGUUGAGAACAUUACAAAACGUGAUCCAGAUCUAUGUUUGGUGGUUUUUUAAAAUAUUUUGAUGGUUCAUCAUGCGUGGUGAAGUUCUGAUAAAAAUGCAGCUGUUAUAUUGUACAAACAAUUGCGAUGCAAUAUUUUUUUUUCUUUUGACUUGUCUCAAGCUUUAACAAGACUCCUGCUGAAUUGUGCUUUUACCAAAAUAUAGCCAUCAAGUGUUGGAAGCCACUGUGUGCAGACGCAGGACGCUUACCUGUUUGUGUUUGUCCACUACUUUCUCUUGCAUGUCAAAGCCUCCAUAUGGAUCUUGUUAGGUGCUACAUGUAGAGAAAAUCCAUCAAACUUAGUCUCACAAUGAUUCUUCCCUCCACGCACGUUUGGACUUUCUACCAACUUCAAGCUCAAAAGGAAGCCACACAAGUGUCACUUCCUUUCCCUUUGGUGGGGGUCUCGCCUGUUCUGCAUGGUGCUGCCACUACUGCUGUGCUGACCAAAGGAAUGCAUGGCAUUGCCUAAUAAAUCCCAACUUUUAUCAUGCUUUACCUUGCAGUUCUCUGGAGCAGCUGAUGGAGAGCCUCUUUGUGUCUUUCUGUUUUUACUACAGCACUGCUUUUUUGCACGAUAGUUCAUAAAACACAUUGUGUGCCUUGCCUAUACCUAGGAAGCAGUAAAACAUUGAGGAAAGCUGAAAUGCAGCAGGCAGCACUUUUAGAGGUGCAUGAGGGAGUUUCUUGUCAUUCUGCAGGGUUGCAGAUGUUUUAGGUUGACCAACUGUCAAUUUUCCACAUUUAGGUUGUGUCUGUAUUCUCAGAGCUUUGAUGAUUUAGUGAUUGAAGUGAUUGUAUGUAAAAUAAUCUGAUGUCAAAGUUUCUGUAUGUUUCCCUAAGAAAGAUUGCUCCAGACAGAGUCUGCUACUUUGUGGCUCCUUCAGAUUUAUAAACAGCUCUUUGAGUCUUCAGCACUGAUUGGUCAUAAUUGAGUCAUAUUGUGUUAGACCAUGGAACACCUCUAUCAGUGUAGUGAACUUCCAACCCUGUGACCAAGUCAUGGAAUGUUCAGAUUCAUUCCCCAUCACACUGGUGCAUAUUUAUAUCACGAGUGAAUGAAUUACCCUGUGUGAAGGAAAUGGCUUUCCAGCAUGACCUCUGUGUAUAGCUGAUGCUGCAGUGUAGAUUAUAGGAUUUCCAGUUAAAACUGGAUCCACUAGUUAAUGGCUAGAAUCAGUGUAGAGUGAGCACUGCAAUCUAGAACGCAAUAUAGCCCACAUGUAGGCGCCGCUGAAACGUAUGUAAACACUAUGCAAUGACCUGAUAAUAACCUUAUACCAUACAAGUAUGCUAAGUUAUGCAGACACUCAAUCUGCACUGAUGACGAGUCUCUCAUCUUGCUUUCUACAAAACCAUGUGAUGCCAGCUGUAGUCUGAAAACGAUUUAACAGCAUUAGAUAUUGAGCUGCUUACCACAGCAGGCUGAAAUCAAAAGACAACCGAACUUUCACUCACUUUUCCCUAUAAUCCUCAACUGCAAGCCUCCAGAAUUGACAAAGGCUACAUUCAGACAGCAGGUGUUGAUAUCCAAUGUUUUUCUCAGUGGAUGUUUCUAUUACUAAUUAAAUGGAACCACAAUCAGACUUCUGAGUUUAUAAGCCCCAAAGCAGCCCGCAUGCACAAAAGAAGAAUGUUUAUGGCAGUAAUAAUAGCCGCUGCUAUCUAUGGAUGGAUUUUAAAGUUGCUGAGAGCUGGCAGCAUGGUCACCAGAUGACCAGACGAAGGAAGAUGAUGAAAAGAAAGCCCAGCUAACAACUACGGCCUGUAGUGGAGCACUGACUGCAGUUUCUAGAGAGAAGUUUGUUUGGAUGUGGAGUCGGACCAGGAAUGGUGGGAUUGAGAGGUGUUGCUUUACUGACUCAGACUUCUUUCAGCAUUUCAUAAUUAUAAUUUUCAACUGUUGUUUACAUCUGAAUUUACCAUGUAUGGCUUCUUCUUGUGUAGAAUUAUAUAUCUCUUUGUUGAUGUAACAAUUGGAUAAAAUGACAUGACUAUUCACACUGCAGACACUUUGAAAGCUAUCGGAUACAAUUUAGUCCCACAUAUGGAAGUGGCACAGAUCAGAUUUUUUUUUUUUUGGUGAAUGAAAUCGGAAAUGCGCUGUUCAGACUGCUGUGAAAAAGUCAAAUAUAGAUCACAUUUUGGCAAAAAAUUAUAAUUGGGUCGCAUUGGCCUGCUGUGUGAACUCCUGGACAGGGAUAGGUGUUGAAAUGUCUUCAGAGAAAACUGAGUGAAAGCUCAGCUCCCUUCAAUUUCAGUCUGUUGUACUAUACAUGACCCAGAUGACUGAGAAUAUAUACAGGUAUGUUGAGCUUCUUGUUUCAGGUUUAUUUUGAAAUGACUGUAUUAUCCUCUCUGGCUUCUUGGCUGUGAACACAUCAGAAUGUAUGAAACAUUUACAGAAUUGUGAAAACUUGUAAAAAAAAA